AUGAAAGUAAGAAAUACGAUUUUACUGUUCAUUAUUCAAAUAGUUGCUUUUAUACAAGGUGCCACUUUCACAGAAAUGUUACUAAAUCUUUUUAAAUCCGGAAGGGAAGAUCUCUAUGCUAAUGGUAUAAUUUAUUCGAUAAUUCCCGAUGGAGUACGAAGACAACCAAAUAUACCGAAAACAAUUCCGUUUCCUUGCGACAUCCGUUUCGGCAGAUCACCAUAUAUACCGAACAGUGUUCAUAAGUUAAGACCAGGUGACAUUGAUGUUAUCGGUGGUCUCGGUGAUUCUUUGAUAGCUGGAAGUGGUGCUUUAGAAGAAUUUGCUAUUGGAACUUUCAUCGAAGCACGUGGUGUCAGUUGGUGUGUUGGUGGCCAAGACAAUUGGCGAAGAUUUUUGACCUUACCAAAUUUAUUAAAGGUAUUCAAUCCAAAUUUAACUGGAUAUUCGACAGGUACAGGUGAAUUCAUUUCCUCAAAAGCGAAAUUAAAUAUUGCAUUUCCCGUAGCAGCUACCGAAGAUGCUUUUGAACAAGCAAAAAUACUCGUUCACAGAAUAAGAAAUGAUCCUAAAAUUGAUUUUACCAAACAUUGGAAGUUGAUCACAAUUUUCUUCGGUGCAAAUGAUAUCUGUUCGGCUCAAUGUUACAGCCCUGAACAAUUCUCGCCAUUACGUCAUGCUUAUCAUCUAAAAAAAGUCUUGGAUUAUCUUAAAAUGGCAUUACCUCGUACUCUCGUUAACCUUAUUCCUACCAUAGAUGUCACAAUUUCUCUUCGAGUAAAACAAAGUACUAUGUGUACUAUUUUACAUCAAUUUUAUUGCGCUUGUAUGCAUCGAGGAUUUCGAUCGCACAUUAAAGUGUCAACGAUGGCAAUGAUGUAUCAAAAAGCGGUCGAAUCUUUAAUCAAUUCUGGAAGAUAUGAUCAUUCGGAGGAAUUUACAGUGGUAUUGCAGCCAUUUAUGAAAUUAUUUAAUUCACCAAAUGCUGAUCCGAGUAGAGCAGGACCAAUCGAUACUAAUUUAGUCACAUAUGACUGUUUCCACUUUAGUCAAAAAGGUCAUGCACUUGCUGCUAAUCUUCUUUGGAAUAAUAUGUUUGAACCAGUUGGAAAUAAAACAGAGUAUGGAUUACCAAAAAUAUUAGAAAGGGUUAAAUGUCCAACAAAAAGUGCACCCUACAUAUUCACAAAUGUAAAUUCAAUGAUAUUUAAACGAAUAGGAUAUCAAGAUGGAAUUAUACCGAGAUAA